CGUCGCUCCUGCCAGAAAAUGAGAAUUUACAGAGCUUUCGGUUUCCGAACCUUCAAACAAAACAGACCCACGAACCUCGGCGCCGUAAACCAAGGUCAGCUAUCUACAUGUCUUUGUUCAAUCUAUCACUUCGAAUCUUCUCCACAAACUUUAGACCAGCCUUCGGUCCCUCCCCUAAACAUCGAUAAGAACGUCGAACAGUUCUUAGAGAAAGUAAUCUUAGAUUCUCAGUGGCAUUCAAUCGAACGGGGUUCUUCUUCAAAUCUCACUUCAUCUGCGAUUUAUAAUGCUCUUUAUGAGCUCCGCGGACAGCCUGACACUGUUCUGGCGUUCAUUGAGAAAUUAGGUUUUGAAUGCCUCGAUGUCAGAUGUCUUUGCUUCGCUGUAGCUGUAGUCUCUGGCCUUCCAUCGCCGCAACCUGCUUGGCAGCUCUUGAAGAGAGCUUUGAGUGACGGUGUUGCAACGAACCAGGAGCUUUUCGACGAGUUAGUGCUAGCUCGCGAGAGUUUGAGCUUGUUGAGUUCAAUUGUUCUAGAUUUGCUGAUUAGGUCUUGUUGUGGAUUGAAUAGAGCAGAGCAAGCUCUCGAAUGCUUCUACUUGAUGAAGGACCAGGGAAUUCUUCCCAAGAUUGAAACUUGUAAUGAGUUAUUGAGUUUGCUUUUGAAAUUGAAUAAGAUAGACACGGCGUGGGCUCUGUAUGCUGAAAUGUUCAGGUUGAGGAUUCCAUCCACUGUCAUCACGUUCAACAUAAUGAUUAAUGUGUUAUGUAAGGAAGGGAAACUGAAGAAGGCUAAGGCUUUCAUCGGACACAUGGAGAGUUUGGGCUUUAAACCAACUGUUGUGACUUACAACACUAUAAUCCAUGGGUACUGUUCUAGAGGCAAACUUGAAGGCGCUCAUGAAAUAUUUGAUACUAUGAGAAGUAAGGGUAUACAACCAGAUUCUUACACUUAUGGUUCUCUCAUUAGUGGGUUAUGCAAGGAGGGAAAACUUGAAGAAGCAUCAGCUCUAUUUGGCAAAAUGGUGGAAGAAAGGCUAGUUCCUACUGCUGUGACGUACAAUGUGUUAAUUGAUGGAUACUGCAACAAGGGGAACUUGGUGAUGGCCUUUAAGUACAGAGAUGAGAUGGUCAGUAAAGGAAUAAUGCCAACUGUCUCCACUUACAAUUUGCUGGUUCAUGCCUUGUUUAUGGAGGGUAGGGCAGCCGAAGCAGAUGGUUUUAUUAAGGAAAUGGGAGAAUGGGGCAUUGCUCCUGAUGCAAUCACAUAUAACAUCUUGAUAAAUGGAUACUGCAAGGAAGGGAAUGCAAAGAAAGCCUUUGACCUCCACUCAGAAAUGUUAAGUAAAGGGAUUCAUGCUUCAGCAGCAACCUACACGCCUCUUAUCUAUGUUUUGAGCAAGCAGAAAAGAAUGCAAGAGGCGGAUAACUUAUUCAAGUUGAUUGUAGGUAAAGGAAUUUUCCUCGAUGCCAUAAUGUUUAAUGCGUUGAUUGAUGGCCAUUGCAUCAAUGGGAACAUGGAGCGUGCUUUUAUGCUAUUGAAGGAGAUGGAUACAAGUAAGGUAUCUCCUGACGAGGUGACCUUCAAUACACUAAUGCAAGGGCUCUGUAGGGAGGGGAAAGUUGAGGAAGCUCGAGGGCUUCUCAAUCAAAUGAAGAAUAGGGGCAUCAAACCUGAUCACAUCAGUUACAACACCCUCAUUAGUGGAUGUAGUAGGAAAGGUGAAAUGAAAGAUGCUUUAACAGUUCGGGAUGAGAUGUUGGGCAAAGGUUUCAAUCCAACUCUUCUCACUUACAAUGCCCUUAUCCAAGGGCUAUGCAAAAACAAGGAAGGAGAGCAUGCUGAAGAGCUCCUCAAAGAAAUGGUAAGCCAAGGCAUUACUCCUAAUGACAGCACCUACUUCUUUUUGAUUGAGGGACUUGGCACCGGUCAAGGCUUGGUGGAGAACACUGGGUUGUAAUCCAUUGUUAACCAGCAGACUCUGAAGUUUCGACCUUCAAAAGAUCAUGUGAUGCCUUAAGAAAGAAAC